AUGGGUGACGUUUUAGCUUAUGAAGCCGAGUUGCUUGGACUAGUGAGAGAGUACUUGGAUUUUGCUGAAUUUGAAGAAACAGUGAAAGUAUUUACAAAGGAAUGUAAAAUAAAAGGGAAACCAUUACCUAAAGCAGCAGGUGUCUCUUCAAGAGAUUCAAAAGCUUUGCCUGUUCAGAAGGAUCUGCUUACAGCAUUUGAAAAUGGUGAGCAGAAAGUUUUCUUCCAACUCUGGGAGGAGCAUAUUUCGUUUUCAGUCCGGGACAAUGAACCGGUUGCUCAGAAGCUGGAGUUCUAUCUUCACGUACACUUUGCCACAUACCUCUUAAAACACUCUGUGGGAAAGCCUGACAAAGCUGAACUUGAGGAAAGGAUUUCUCAUUUUAAAGCAUACUUGGAAACAAAAGGAGCUGCACUGAGUCAGACUACAGAGUUUCUUCCCUUCUAUGCUUUGCCUUUUGUUCCAAACCCCAUAGUCCAUCCUUCAUUUAAAGAACUUUUCCAGGAUUCUUGGACAUUGGAUUUAAGGACAAGACUGGAAAAGUUCCUGUCUCUGACUCUCAAAGCCAGACAGACUCCCCGGCUUCUCACUUUAUUUAAGGAGAAUGGACAGUGCAACAAAGAUAUGUUGCAACAUCUUCAUCAACAGUUAGUGGAAUCUGAGCACAGGACCAUGACAUACCUAAAGCGAUUUAACAAAAUGCAGGCAGACUACCAUAACCUCAUUGGAGUCACUGCAGAGCUGGUGGAUUCCUUGGAGGCCACAGUCAAUGGCAAGAUGAUCACACCAGAGUAUCUUCAAAGUGUUUGUGUUCGCUUGUUUAGCAAUCAAAUGAGACAAAGUGUAGCACAUAGUAUUGACUUCACAAGGCCUGGAACUGCUUCCACAAUGUUAAGAGCGUCCUUAGCCCCUGUGAAGAUGCAGGAUGUGCCGUUGUUGCCCUCUUUGGAUUAUGAGAAGCUGAAGAAGGAUUUGAUUGCAGGGAAUGAUCGUCUCAAGGCCUUCUUACUGCAGGCUCUGCGCUGGCGCUUGACAACAUCAUAUCCUGGAGAACAGAGAGACACUGUCCUGCAAGCCUACAUCAGUAAUGACCUCCUAGACUGCCACGGCAAUUGUCAGAGGAGUGUCCUCAAAUUAUUGCAUUCUAAGAGUGAGGUAGUCAGACAAUACAUGGCAAGGCUCAUCAAUGCUCUGGCUUCACUGGCAGAAGGUCGUGUCUACCUUUCUCAGAACCCAACAUUGCUGCAGAUGCUGGAGGAGAGACUGAAAGCUGAAGACAAGGAUUCCCUUACAUGGGAGAAUGUUCUGGGGGCUCUGCAGAAAUUCAGCCUCAGGCGUGCACUGCAGUCGGCAAUGAUCAAAGAUGGGCUCAUUUUCUGGCUGGUCGAUGUUCUAACGGAUACAGAUUGCCUGUCUGACUAUACGCUGGAGUAUUCUGUUGCCUUGCUCAUGAAUCUCUGUCUGCGGAGUGCAGGGAAGAAAGUGUGUGCAAGGAUUGCAAACCCUGUGCUCAGAGUUCUCUCUGAUCUGCUUGGCCAUGAGAAUCAUGAGAUACAGCCAUAUGUGAAUGGAGCACUGUACAGCAUUCUUGCCAUCCCUUCUGUCCGCGAAGAAGCCAGAGCCAUGGGAAUGGAAGAAAUUCUGCGCUGCUUUAUCAAGGAAGGAAAUGCAGAGAUGAUCCGGCAGAUUGAAUUUAUUAUUAAGCAGCUCAAUUCAGACGAACCAUUAAAUGAUAGCAUUGUGUCUGAUGAUGAAGAGGAAGAGGAGGAUGAGGAAGAGGACCGUGACAUCAUGGAGGCUGAUCUGGACAAAGAUGAGGUUUUACAACCUCAACUGGGAGAGCUUGCAGGAGAGAAGCUGCUAACAACUGAGUACUUGGGAAUAAUGACUCAUACACCAAAAACCAAGAAGAAGCUGUUUCCUGGUGUCCAUCAGAGUAUAGAUGAGCCCCUUCAGAGACCUGUGACGCCAGGUUAUCACAGAACCAUGUACCUAAUGCCAGAAAACGAUACCAGUUCUUGUCAUGAUAGGGAUGAGAAGCUGCAGUCUCCACUGAGUGCUCAUCCUCCUAUUUGUGGUGGGAGCAGGUCCAGCAUUUCUGACCUCUGCGUUUCCCCUUCAUAUCAGUUCUUAAUGUCCUGCAUGACCAGAUUCAUUCGGCUGUUCUUGAGUCGGUCUGAUUUUGUCUGGGUCCAUCCUCCCUGUUUAUCAAUUUGCGAGUUUCCCUCAGCCUUCACCAGCAAACCUAAGAUCCCUCGCACUCCUGAAGAGCAGUGUGCCAGCCCUAGAAAGGGAAAGAUCCCAGCCAUUGCCCCCCAGUUCUCUCAGUCUGGACCCCAACAAGCAAGCCGUCCCAGCUCCUCGGGAUCAUCCACCAGGAGCAGACAGAGCAGCCAGUCCUACAGGAAGUGA